GUCCCCACCCUCCCCGCCUCCAGCGGAGCGGCCCCGGGCUUAUUACACUUGCGAGAAGCACCGCGCCGAGCACCGCCACCAACGCCGCUGAGGGAUGCUGCGCUCCACAUCCACAGUCACCCUGCUCUCGAGCGGCGGCUCCAGCGCUCCCGGGGCGCCCAACAGGAGGGCAAAUGUCUGCAGACUACGGCUGACCGUACCUCCUGAAAGUCCAGUGUCUGAGUCAAGUGAAAAGAGGGUUGAAAGAAGAGAGAAGUAUCGUGACCUGAGCAACGGUGAACCCACCAUGAAACUGCCUCAGGGUGUUGUCUAUGGUGUGGUGCGAAGAUCAGAUCAAAACCAGCAGAAAGAAAUGGUGGUGUAUGGGUGGACCACCAAUCAGCUGAAAGAAGAGAUGAACUACAUCAAAGACGUAAGAGCCACUUUGGAAAAUGUAAGGAAGCGAAUGUACGGAGACUAUGAUGAAAUGAGACAGAAGAUUCGACAGCUCACCCAGGAACUGUCAGUUUCACAGGCUCAGCAGGAUUAUCAGCAGAAUUACAUCCAGACCCAGUCGUCAGCCCUGGACAGUUUUAAUACCAUGAACUCGGCUUUGGUGUCAGACUCCAUCGGCCUGCAGAAAACCCUUGUGGAUGUUACUUUGGAGAAUAGCAACAUUAAAGCUCAAAUCAGAAAUCUGCAGCAGACGUAUGAAGCCUCCAUGGACAAGCUGCGGGAAAAGCAGAGGCAGUUAGAGGUAGCACAGGUUGAAAACCAGCUGCUGAAAAUGAAGGUGGAAUCCUCCCAAGAAGCCAACGCAGAGGUGAUGAGAGAGAUGACCAGGAAGCUGUACAGCCAGUACGAAGAAAGGCUGCACGAAGAGCAGCAGAGGCACAGUGCCGAGAGAGAGGCGCUCCUGGAAGAAACCAAUAGUUUUCUGAAAGCCAUUGAAGAAGCCAAUAAAAAGAUGCAAGCGGCAGAGAUCAGCCUAGAAGAGAAGGACCAGAGGAUCGGGGAGCUGGACAGGCUGAUUGAGCGCAUGGAGAAGGAACGCCAUCAGCUUCAACUCCAGCUCCUGGAGCAUGAAACAGAAAUGUCAACGGAAAUUACCAAUUCUGACAAAGAAAGGUAUCAGCGGCUGGAGGAGGCAUCGGCCAGCCUCCGGGAGCGGAUCCGACACCUAGAUGACAUGGUGCAUUGCCAGCAGAAGAAAGUCAAGCAGAUGGUUGAGGAGAUUGAAUCACUGAAGAAAAAGGUGCAGCAGAAACAGCUCUUAAUAUUGCAGCUUUUAGAAAAGAUAUCGUUCUUAGAAGGAGAGAAUAAUGAACUACAAAGCAGGUUGGACUAUUUAAUAGAAACCCAGCCCAAGACUGAAGUGGAAACCAGAGAGGUUGGAGUGGGCUGUGAUCUUCUACCCAGCCAAACAGGUAGGACUCGUGAGAUUGCAGUGGCUUCCAGGAAUUAUACCCCAUACACACGAGUCCUGGAGUUAACCAUGAAGAAAACUCUGACUUAAGCACUUGGAGACGUGCACUUUUCACUGAUGGACAAAGGCCCUGGAACCCUGCGGCUUGAAGUCUGGAAAGGGUGACUG